UGAGAAAAAUAAUGAACGCUACCAUGAUCAACCCAGAGAGACUGAAACAAGCUAAGCUACUGGUGGAGAAAGCAAUUAAGCAAAAAAAGAUAUUCAGCAUCCACGGUCCGUACCCCGUCAUACGUCGCUGCCUGCGCAGCCGCGGGUGGGUGGAGAAGAAAAUGCCCAAAGUCACCAAGGCGGCUCAGAAAAAAGAGAAGUCUUCAGAUGAGGAGACCGAGGAGGAUUAUGGCGAUGGGAGCAGCCGUGAUGAUUAUGAUGAUGAUGGUGAAGAGGAGGAUGAAAAGGAUGAUGAUCCUGAUGGCAUCUAUGACCUUAUGUCAAGGCUUGUUCGCAAUGAAAUCCCCUAUUUUAUCUGGGCAACCAGAAGUGACGCCGUGGACUGCCGCUUCCUGAAAAAGGACCAAAUGAUGAAUCACUACGCCAGAGCUGGCUCCUUCACCACGAAGGUGGGGCUGUGCGUCAAUCUUAGGAACCUGCACUGGUUUGAUGAAGCCGACCCCGAUUCGUUUUUCCCUCGUUGCUACAGACUGGGGGCCAAAGAUGAGAAGAAGGCAUUUAUUGAGGAUUUCUGGCUGACGGCUGCUCGGAGUAUUCUCAAGAGGGUGUCGGGGAGAGGAAGGACCUUGGCCGCAGAUAUAGAGAUCUAUGCAUUGGCCCAAGAGAAUGUAACUAAUCCAAAGAAUAAACAAGAUGCCAAAAGAACAAGUAAAAAACAUGGAGGUCGCGUGCCUGCUCAGGUGAUCACUACCGCCAUCGAGGCUUGUGAGGCCUACCUGAACAGCUUGGAGCACGCUGACAUCGACGUGAAAACGUGCAACGCUUCCGCUGUGACAAAUGCAUCGUGGGAAGAAUUCCUGCGUCAUUACUAUCAGGUCAUCCAUGAUGGAGCUGUGAUAGAUCAAUCGUCCUCCUAUAUGGAUCAAUGCGAUCGUGUAUUGAGUCGAUUGGCAGAAGUGAACCCUCAGCUGGACAUUGAAGGAGACAGAAAUAUCUGGAUUGUUAAGCCGGGCGCCAAAUCCAGAGGCAGAGGUAUAAUCUGUAUGGAUCGGCUGGAGGAAAUCCUGAAGUUGGUGGACUGCGAUCCCAUGAUCGUUAAGGAUGGCAAAUGGGUGGUGCAGAAAUACAUCGAGAGACCGCUGCUCAUCUUUGGCACAAAAUUUGAUGUCCGCCAGUGGUUCCUGGUGACGGACUGGAAUCCGCUGACCAUUUGGUUUUACCAGGAGUGUUAUGUCCGCUUCUCAACCCAACCGUUCUCCCUGGAGAAUCUAGACAUCGCCAUCCACUUAUGCAACAACUCCAUUCAGAAGAAUUUUGAGAACUCCCGCCAUCGCCACCCUCAGGUGCCACUCGACAACAUGUGGUCCAGUGACCAGUUCCAGGCCCAUCUUCAGGGGCUGGGGGAAAGACAUACCUGGUCCGACAUCAUCGUCCCAGGUAUGAAAGCCGCUAUCAUACACGCCAUGCAGAGCACUCAGGAUAUCGUGGAGUUCAGGAAAAGCAGCUUUGAACUGUACGGGGCCGACUUCAUGUUCGGAGAGGACUUCCAUCCCUGGCUGAUUGAGAUCAAUGCCAGUCCAACUAUGGCCCCUUCAACGCCAGUGACCACAAGACUGUGCGCCAGCGUUCAAGAGGACACCUUACGCAUAGUCCUAGAUCGGAAGCAUGAUCGCAACUGUGAUGUCGGUGGCUUUGAGCUCAUCUAUAAACAGGCUGCAGUGGAUGUUCCUCAGUACGUCGGGAUAAGUCUGCUAGUGGAAGGAGCCAUGGUGAAAAAGCCACGUGUUCCUCACCCAAGACAACCCACUUACCUUGUCAACCCGGGCAUCACUCAUCUGAUCAACCACCCAAGAUCCCUCUCCAUGGUGCAAGCCAAGGUGUCAACUGCAACAAGCUUUUCUGGGGCUCAUGAUACCAAACACCCCCCCGCCAUCCCAUAUUCAACACGCAAAAGAAUUCGCCGUACAAAAACUCCACACCACUUGAGCAGGGCAAAGACCACGUCCGCCGGGAAAGAAAACAAAGCGACGACAGAAGCUCGGUGCGGAUCAGAGUGUGUGGAGUUGGUGAGACUUUCUGACAAGCUCAGUGUUGAUCACAAGGACGCCAAAUCUCUCGGGCACGGGGUAAGCACGGCAAGAGUCACACAGCUCCACCAACGUUUGCUUGCCACCCCUAAGCUGUGUCUUUCGGAAAAGCCUCUUUUAGCAAAACACCUGAUUGGACAGAGUGACGCGCCACGUCUGGAUCUGAAGUUUACAAGCCUUGACUCAGGAGAGAUACAGCUUCUUAAGAAGGCGUCCAGGGCAGGACUCGACCUCCAUCGGAUGCCCUGCCUGUUCUGUAAGGGAGUCUCCUCUCUGCCAGCCUCAUGCAGCUGUUCUAAGAGCUGCAAGCUUCCCCCUAAAGCCAUCCGCUUCCAGCUAUCCAAGGGGACGCACCUCAACAAGUUCCAAGCAGGAGCAGAACCGCUGUCGGCCCGGGGAACCGCCAUCAUCACAUCUCUGCUGCUGUGAACCUCG